CUGCAGGGCGAGGGGUACAAAGAACUUUGAGCCUUGUACCUGUUAUGGACUUGUUGUCCGGGACGUAUAUAUUUGCGGUCCUGUUAGCAUGCGUCGUGUUUCAGUCUGGCGCCCAGGAGAAAAACUAUUCCAUUCGAGAAGAAAUGCCAGAGAAUGUCCUGAUAGGCGACUUAUUGAAAGACCUCAACUUGUCCCUAAUUGGACACAAGUCCUUAAAAAUUCCCAUGAAGUUCAAGCUAGUGUACAAGACUGGGGAAGUGCCAUUGAUCCGAAUUGAAGAAGGAACUGGUGAGAUAUUCACUACAGGAGCCCGCAUUGAUCGUGAGAAAUUAUGUACUGGUAUCUUGCUGGAUGGCCAUUGCUUUUAUGAAGUGGAAGUUGCCGUUUUGCCAGAUGAAAUAUUUAGACUGGUUAAAAUACGUUUUCUGAUAGAAGAUAUAAAUGAUAAUGCACCAUUAUUCCCAGCAACUGUUAUCAACAUAUCAAUUCCAGAGAACUCAGCUAUAAACUCUCGAUUUGCUCUCCCAGCGGCCAUUGAUCCUGACAUAGGAAUAAACGGAGUUCAAAAUUACCAACUCAUUAAGGUGCGUUUUAAAAACAUUCUCCUAGAGAUAAUUCAUUUUUUAAAGACAAAAAGAAUGGUCUUGGUGUACUUCAAAUUUUGA